AUGCCACCGAUAGACCCCGAUAGACCCAAAAUGCCUACAUUGCCAGCGAGAGGGGCGAAAAUUUUAGUCGAGGGCAAUGCGCAUAAAGCCGUUCGUAAUCGCGAGUCGGGAACAGACAAUUUUCAUCACGGACGACAGGUUGAACGAUGCUCGACACAAGCCGUUGUGGCAGUGCAACACCACGUCAAUACUUUUGGGUUUGUCAUUCUCGAAUCAUUCUUGAAAAAUUAA